AUGCCACCGGUGUUUGUGGCGCCACCGCAUCCACAGGCCAAGUACUCGCCGGCCCACUACUUCCAGCAGCUGCACCAGCAGCAGCUCCAGAACCCACUCUAUCAACCGCCGCCGGGGAUGACUCCGGUAACGCCCGGUUCCGCAGCGAGGAUCUCGAUUGGUCCGGACGGCGUUGCCGGGCUGCCACCGGGUGCGGCCGUUCCGGAGCAGCCCGACUACACCGACUACUACUCGAUGUACCCGUCCAAGGCGGGUGAGUUUAUGUUCAAGCAGUUCGAGGGCUUCCGGGACUUUACGAUGAACACGGCCAAGUCCGGCCUGGGAGUGGGCGAAAAGUCCGUCUUCUGGAUGUACACGAAGAUCACGCGGUGGUCGCGGAACUGGUUCACGCACAUCUUCCUGUUCCUGAUGCUGUUCCUGUACUCCGUGGCCGGCGCUGCCCUCUUCAUAGCCGUCGAAGGCACGCACGAAAAGAAGAUGGAAACCAACGUGAACCACGCGAAGCGCAUUUUGGCGAAAAAUCUGCGCAUCCUGGCGCUGGAUCGCGAAAAGUUGGAGAACCCCGAUCCGGACAUCUGGGAAGGGCGGGCGAUCAAUCUGGUCGAGGAGUACAGUGCGGUGUUGUACCAGUCGUAUAAGGAGGGCUCGUUCGAGAACAAGCAGAACAAGAAAACGUGGUCGUUCUGGAACGCGGUGUUCUACUGUGGCACGAUCUACACCACCAUCGAAAACACCCUAUAG